AUGUUUGCCUUAUUGAUCUGUCUAGCUGCCGGGAUCCGCCCGAUAGUGACGUCUUCCUCCGACGAGAAGCUUCAAAUCGCAAAGUCGUUCGGUAGCUCGGGCUCCAUCGAUACCAUUAACUAUCGGACACAUUCGGAAUGGGAUGAAGAAGUUCUUCGUCUGACAAAUGGGCGUGGUGUAGAUGUCGUGAUUGAAAAUGGCGGUCCAAAUACCGCCACUAAAAGCCUGGCUUCGAUCGCGCGGAGAGGUGUAGUGUCGUUGGUUGGAUUUUUGGGCGGACUAUCCAAGAGUACUCCGCCAGAUCUGCUUUUGCCGGCAUUGGUUAAAAGUGCUACGAUCAGGGGGAUCGCUGUCGGGUCGAAAGUCGAUGGAAAGAAUUUGUACGAUUUUCUUUCCCAGAAAGAGAUCAGUUUGAAGGGCAUUUUGGAUCAGAAAGUUUUCUCUUUCGAAGAGUCGCAAGCUGCAUUUGACUAUCUGUAUUCUGGGAAGCAUUUCGGCAAGGUCAUUAUCAAGCUCUAG